AUGGCCUCCGCCGAACCCAGACAAGAGAAGAAGCGUAAAGAGUCCAUCAUUGACUUGUCAAAAUAUCUGGACAAACGAAUCCGUGUGAAAUUCACCGGCGGUCGCGAGGCCACUGGUAUCCUUAAGGGCUGCGAUAACUUACAAAACAUGGUUUUGGACAACACUACAGAAUACCUUCGUGAACCAGAUGAUCCUUCAAGACUGUCGGAAGACACUCGAGAACUUGGUCUUGUAGUGUGUCGAGGACCGUCGGUAGAGUUAGUAUGUCCCGCCGAUGGAAUGGAGGCAAUCGCGAAUCCUUUUGCACAGGCUGAAUAA